AGAGAGAGAGAGAGAGAGAGUGAGAGAGAGAGAGAGGGAGGGAGGGACUGAUAAUACUGCGAAAGAGAAGAUCGAUUGAGCCGAGAGCCACGUGGUCCAUGCAAUUUCGCGCUACGUACUGCCGAUGAUACGAGCGGAUACGCGGCGAUUUGACAGAUUCGUUCGCGAUACGUUGAGGAUGUUGCUUGACAAAUUGUAUCUCCACCUUGCCGACGAGGAUCGAAUCGGAUCGUCAAGAAAUAAACUCAAGAGGCUGAGGACGGCCGAACGAGGAUUUGUGCACGACUCGCGCUUUUAAAUAACAGUAACAUUACUAUAACAACGCGCCCGUCAUCGCGCCGGCAUCAUGGGGAAUGGCAUGAACAAGGUGCUUUCUGGUCUUUACGUAGGUAAUUAUCAGGAUAGUAAGGAUGCCGAUCAGUUGGAGCGUUUCGAAAUUACGCAUAUUCUGGCUAUUCACGACACAGCUCGCCGUUUGCAUUCCGACAAGCAUUAUCUAUGCAUCUUGGCCGCCGACAGUCCCGAUCAGAAUUUGUUGCAAUAUUUUUCUCUGUGCAACGACUUUAUUCAUGCCGCCCGUCUUCGUGGCGGAAACGUUCUGAUCCAUUGUUUGGCAGGAAUGUCGAGGAGCGUGACAGUAGCGGUGGCCUAUAUCAUGAGCACCACCAAUCUAUCUUGGAAAGAAGCGCUCAAAGUCGUUAGAGUCGGUCGUUCCAUUGCAAAUCCGAAUGUUGGUUUUCAACAACAGCUCAAAGAUUUCGAGUCUAGCCGUUUGCAAGACGAGCGUAAUAGGUUGAAAGAGCGAUUCCCUAGCCUCGCUCUCGCCGAGUCCGACGCCGAAGCCUGCAGAUCCACCCUGAGGAAUUACGAAACACUGGCUCUAGCGAAAGAGGUUUGCGAAGGUAAGUGCGCCAUGGGACGCACUUGUCCGACCGGUCUUUGCCGUCAGGCAACUAAGAGGACUCUGAGAAGGAAGUCAUCCACCAGCAGUAUCGGAAGCGUGUCAUCCGGCAGGACACCUCCGCAAACACCACGGAUGCUACCAUCCGCGCCACCCUCGCCGGCUUUGCACAGAUCGUCUAGCGUUAUGUCCACAUCAAGACCGAGGAGUGGACCAGCAGGAUUGCAUUCUUAUACCGGAGGAUCCGCUCCGCCUUCUAGGGCUGUGUCGAGGGUGGAUCUUUCGGCGGCGGUCGCCUGCAGCAGCAGCAACACCAAUCUCUCCACCGUGGGUAGAUCAAGUGCGUUCUCUACUAGCAAUUGGCGACUAACCGCCGGUUCCGCGCCAAACACGCCGAGACCGACACCGCCGGUCUCGCCACAACGCUGGCCAAGGCGACUCUCGAAUCGGCAGACGCCACAGUUACCGGCACCACCGGAAUCGCAUCCUUCGACGAUGACGUAG